AUGGGGGCCCCCGGGGGCCCCCCUGGGGGCCCCCCUGAUACCCUUUUUUACAACAAGUUUGUGUUUGUUGGGCCCCGCAGGGGGGGUAGGGGCCCCCCGCUGCCGGUGCCUCGUCUUUCCUCUUUGGUUGCUGCUGCAGCGGGGGGCCCCCUGGCUGGUGGUGGGGGCCCCCCAGCAGCAGCAGCAGCAGCAGCAGCAGAUGAGGCUGUUGCUGCUGCUGUUGAGUUUGUUGCUGAGGUGUUUCCCUUUCUUGCAGACUGCUGGGGAUCGAUCGAUCCCAGGGCUGUUGCUGCUGCUGUUAUAAGAGAGAUAGAGGAGUUGCUGCCGCUGCUGGAGGCCCCGGGGGCCCCCCAGGGGCCCCUCAGGGCCUCGCAGCUGCUGCUGGCGCUGGGGGCCCCCUGCGGAGAAGCAGCAAGCGAACCCAAACCCUUGCUGCCCCCACACCUUAAACUAUACAAGGUGCAGCAGCAGCAGGAACAGCUGCUGCUGCUGCUGCAGCAGCACAAACACUGUCUCCAGCGGCUCAUGCAUGUGGCGGUGCUGCAGCCCCACGCUAACACCAGCAGCAGCAGCAGCAGCAGCAGCAGCAGCAGCCUCAGCAGCAGCAGCAGCCUCAGCAGCAGCAGCAGCAGCAGCAUCCUCAGCAGCAGCAGCAGCAGCAGCAGCAGCAGCAGCACGGGUGUGAACGCAGCAUCUCUGGUGCCGUUGCUGCAGCUAUACUUUCAGGCGGGGCUGCAGUCUCCUGCUGCUCUUUUGCUGCUGCUGGAGGCAGCAGCAGGCUCAGCCAGCUCUGGGGUGUAUGGGGGCCCCCAACCCCUGCUGGGGGCCCCCAGGGUACCAGGGGGCCCCCCUUUGUCUAUUGAGGACCUGCAGAAGGUGCUGCGGCUGCUCGUGCGAUACACAGACCCACUUGAGGGCCUUCAGGGGCCCCCUGCUGCUGCUGCUGCUGCUGCUGCUGCAGCACCAGCAGCAGCAGCAGCAGUAGCACCGCCAGCAGCAGCAGCAGCAGCAGCAGCAGCAGAAACAGCAGCAGAAGCAGCAGCAGAAGCAGCAAGAUACAAGGAGCGUAUUGGUGUGUGUUUUUUGUUGCUGCUAGACAGGCAGAAACAGCAGCUGCAGCAGCAGCAGCACAAGCACAAACACAAGCAGCAGCAGCAGCAGCAGAAACUGGAGAGAGAACUACGGCUGCAGCUGCUGAUAUUUCUUCAUCUGCACCAGCAUCAGCAGCAGCAGCAGCAGCAGCUGCUGCUGCUGCUGCAGCAUCCGAAGCAGCAUCAGCAGCAUCAGCAGCAGCAGCAGCAGCAGCAGCAGCAGGUCCUCUGCUGCGUCCCUUUCACGAUAUAA